AUGCUUCCAUGUUGUGUUCGGUUGGCUUCAUCAGCGUGUCUCUUUGUCGUAGCCGUGUUCUACAUGACUACAUCUACUUUAGUUAGCAAGGAGGCAGCUCUCGAAUCGAUUGUCCACAGCUACAGAUAUGGUUUCUCGGGCUUUUCUGCAAUGCUUACCGAAUCACAAGCGAGAAAGAUCCAGAAGUUGCCUGGAGUGGUGAGUGUGAAAGAGAACACAAUGGUACGCAUGCAUACUACUCGGAGCUGGGAUUUCCUUGGGCUGUCCAUGGGCGUGGACAUCAAGCAGGAGCAGCAGCCAAAUGAGCUCCUUGCAGCAGCAAACCAUGGAGAUGGGAUGAUUAUCGGUGUCAUCGACUCAGGUGUUUGGCCUGAGUCACAGAGCUUCGCUGAUGAUGGCUAUGGACCUCCCCCUUCAAAAUGGAAGGGAACUUGCCAAACCGGUGCCAACUUCAGUGCCCACGAUUGCAAUCGAAAGCUCAUCGGUGCGCGGUGGUAUGCUGGCGCUGACAUCGACAGGAGAUUUCUCCAAGGUGACUUCCUGUCUGCCAGGGAUUCUCAUGGCCACGGCACCCACACAGCCUCCACAGCCGGUGGCAACGUCGUCCACAACACCAGCUUCUUCGGACUGGCUGCUGGAACGGCUCGUGGUGGCGCACCUCGCGCCCGGAUAGCAGUGUACAAGGCUUGCUGGGGUACUUGCUCUAUCGCGAGCGUUCUGAAAGGCAUCGAUCAUGCUAUCCAUGACGGUGUUGACGUCCUAUCACUCUCUCUCGGAAGCACGGACGAAAUGGCAGCAUUAGGAACGCUGGGUGCUGUGGCAAGAGGCGUCCCGGUCAUCAUGGCAGCUGGAAAUGAUGGACCUACGGAGCAAACGGUGCAGAAUUCUUCACCAUGGCUACUCACGGUUGCUGCAACCACGGUUGAUCGAUCAUUCCUCACGGUUAUCACCCUCGGGGAUAACCGACAGUUUGUGGCACAAUCCAUGUAUGUGGCUGAUAAAGGUGGAGAUGAGUUCUCUCAACUUCUGUAUUACUUUAAUGAUAGGUGUGACCCGGACUACAUAAACAGCACUGACAUACACGGGAAGGUGGUAUUCUGCUACACACCAGGACCAGGUAGUGUCUCUCCACCACCCAAGUAUGCAGAUAUUGCAGCGACGGUGCGGAGAAAUGGAGGGAAGGGGUUUAUAUUCUCACAGAAUAAUCUGGACUCUCUUGAUCUAUAUGCAAUUAAAGGACCAGCCCUUCCUUGCGUUCCUCUAGAUUUCAAGACUAGCUAUCAGAUUGCUGUGUACUGCAAUCGCAUUGGCAUCCCAAAAAUAAAGAUAUCAACAACCCGAACAACCAGCGGAAGUGAAAUUGUUGCCCCAAGAAUAGCAUCUUUCUCAUCAAGGGGACCUAGUCCUAUCUAUCCUGGGGUUCUCAAGCCUGAUAUCGCUGCACCUGGGGUGUACAUUUUAGCCGCUGCAGCACAAAGUGGUGCUUACAAAAGUCUAGGUGUUUCCUAUGUCUUUGAUUCUGGAACAUCCAUGGCCUGCCCUCAUAUAUCUGGGAUAGUCGCUCUACUCAAAUCCGUUCAUCCUGACUGGUCCCCUGCCGCCCUAAAAUCAGCACUAAUGACAACCGCACAUACCAUGGACAGCAAUGGGGUUCCAAUAGAAGCAAAUGGAAAUCGUGCAAAGAUCGCCGACCCAUUUGAUUACGGAGCAGGGUCUGUUAAUCCAACCAAGGCAGCUGAUCCAGGCCUGAUAUAUGACAUCAGUGCGUCAGAUUACCUCGAGUUUUUCAACUGUCUACAAGGAUUUGGUCCAAAUAACAAUUGCACACCACCUGACUUGAACCUCCCAUCGAUUGCCAUUCCUGGCCUCAAGACAUCCGUGAUGGUUGUGCGCACUGUUACCAAUGUUGGCCAGCCGAAUGCGGUGUACAAGGCAUUCUUGGAGCCUCCGCCUGGCGUCAAGAUGGCUGUGGAGCCAGCAGUGCUGGUGUUCAGCAAUGCAAGGAGGGUGCAGAGUUUCAAGGUGACUUUCAGGGCCACCCGAAGGAUCCAGGGCAGCUACACCUUCGGUAGUUUGGCAUGGCAUGAUGGAGGCGCCCACCUGGUUCGGAUCCCGAUUGCAGUUCGUGUGGUGAUUGAAGAGCUCUACUCAGAUGCCUCUUAA